AUGGGUGGCGCGGGCUCCAAAACUCUCGAUUCCGUCUUCUCCUUCUGCAGCCACAACACAUCACCGCCGGUGGCGGCCAAAAUAGAGCCUCUCGGUUCCUCCAGCUACCUCCACCAGCGAGACCUCCUCCGAAAAUUCAGCGAGCAGAACAGACCCACCACCGAUUCAUCCUUCGGCUCAACUAAUUAUUCGCUCCAGAGAUUCUCUCCAUUACAGAGGAGCUGCCCGGCGUUUGCUCCGGCGACGGCGAAGAAGCUGUAUAGAGGAAUGAGGCAGAGGCAAUGGGGGAAAUGGGUAGGAGAGAUUCGGCUCCCGCAGAACAGGAUGCGAGUCUGGCUCGGCACCUACGAGACCCAUGAAGCCGCCGCCUAUGCUUACGAUCGUGCCGCCUACAAGCUCAGAGUUGGAGAGGAAGUCAGCGCGGGAUGGAGGCAGAUUGAUUUGUCUUCAAUUAGGGUUUUAGUCAAAUGUGGGUAG